AAAGCUUCUCACACCUCAUUCAUUAAACCACAAUGGCUAUCUCUUCAAUUUUCUUGCUUUCUCUUUUCUCUCUCAUUUAUGUUAUUCCCAUUGAAGCUACUCACCAUGUUUACCAAACUCUUGAAACUUUAUCUUCUCAUCAUUCCUCAAAAUCAAAUCAUCAACCUUAUAGAACUGCAUAUCACUUUCAACCUCUCAAGAAUUGGAUAAAUGGACCAAUGAGAUAUGGAGGAUUUUAUCAUCUAUUUUACCAAUAUAACCCUAAAGGUGCUGUAUGGGGAAAUAUUGUGUGGGCCCAUUCAGUAUCUAAAGAUCUUGUGAAUUGGACACCGUUAGAUCAUGCAAUCCACCCUUCUCAACCGUCCGAUAUAAAAGGUUGCUGGUCAGGUUCAGCAACAAUACUCCCAGGUGGAAAACCAGCAAUUUUGUAUACAGGAAUUGAUCCAAAUAAUCACCAAGUUCAAAACAUAGCCAUACCUAAAAACAUGUCUGACCCAUUACUUAGAGAAUGGAAAAAAUCACCAAAAAACCCAUUAAUGGAACCUACUAUUGCUAAUAAAAUUAAUUCAAGUUCAUUUAGAGACCCUACCACAUCUUGGCUAGGAAAAGAUGGGUUUUGGAGGGUAUUAAUUGGUAGCAAAAUAGAUACAAAGGGAAUGGCAAUUUUGUACAAAAGUAAAAAUUUUGUUGAUUGGGUUGAAGCAAAACAUCCUUUGCAUUCAGCUGAAGGAACAGGAAUGUGGGAGUGUCCUGAUUUUUAUCCAGUUUUGGAUAAGAAUUUAUUAAGAACUGGAGUUGAUACUUCAAGGAAUGGUGACGAUGAUGUUAGACAUGUUCUUAAGGUUAGUUUGGAUGAUACAAAACAUGAUCAUUAUUUGAUUGGGAGUUAUGAUGUUGUUAAGGAUGUUUUUGUUCCGGAAAAUGGAUUUGAGGAUAACGGAUUUGUUUUGAGAUAUGAUUAUGGGAAAUAUUAUGCGUCUAAAACAUUUUUCGAUGAUGGGAAGAAUAGAAGGAUUUUGUUGGGUUGGGUUAACGAAUCUUCAAGUGUUGCUGAUGAUGUCAAGAAAGGUUGGUCUGGGAUUCAUACUAUUCCAAGAGAAAUUUGGCUUCAUGAAUCUGGGAAACAAUUGGUACAAUGGCCGGUGAAGGAAAUUGAAAAUCUACGUAUGAAUCCGGUAAAUUGGCCAACCAAGGUGAUUAAAGGAGGUGAAAGGAUUUCAAUUACUGGUGUUGAUUCCGUACAGGCUGAUGUUGAAAUUUCAUUUGAAAUAAGUGAUUUAGGAAAGGUGGAAUCAUUGAGGAAAUGGAUUGAUCCUCAACUUCUGUGUAGUCAAAAGGGUGCAGGUGUAAAAGGUGGCGUUGGGCCAUUUGGUUUGUUAGUAUUUGCUUCUCAAGGGUUGAAAGAAUAUACAGCAGUGUUUUUUAGAAUAUUCAAAUACCAAGAUAAGAAUUUGGUUCUCAUGUGCAGUGACCAAAGCAGGUCAUCUUUGAAUAAAGAUAAUGAUAUGACUAGUUAUGGAACUUUUGUGGAUGUUGACCCUCUUCAUGAAAAGUUGUCACUAAGAACUUUGAUUGAUCAUUCGGUGGUGGAAAGUUUUGGGGGUGAAGGAAGGGCUUGCGUUACGGCCAGAGUUUAUCCUACAUUAGCAAUUCAUGAUAAGGCUAUGUUAUAUGCUUUUAAUAAUGGAACUUCUGCGGUCAAGAUCACAAGUUUGAGUGCAUGGAGUAUGAAGAAAGCAAAGAUCAACUGAAAUUAACAAGUGAAUACUAAUUAAAGAGGAGAGUGAUACAAUGUUCAUUAUUGACACCACACGUUUUAUAUUAAUUAGUGGAUACAAUAGUGUGUUUUGUUUUAUAGACAAAAUUUGAUUUGAUAAGAGAUGUAAGAAAAACAUAUGUUUUGUGAACAAUAAUAGUAACAUAUUCAAGGAGGUUGUUAACUUA